GUCGGACACGCGGCUGGCCUCGCCUGGAGCUGCUGAUGCGAUUCAUGUUGACAGCGCACGUGCCGCCUUCCUGUGCGGCCUCGCUGUCCCGAGCUGCCCGCCGCCGCGCCGGGGCGCGGCAGCGGCUGGCGCCAUCGUCGCCCUGCUGCAGCCACGGGACCCGGACGCGCCGGCCGUGGACGGGGCUCCACGCAUGGGCGCGCUGGAGACGCUCACCAGCCUCUCCGCGGCCGCAGGGGCCAACUUGGCUGCGCAACGGAUCCGCACCGCCGCCACGGUGCGCACGCCCCUUCGUAGCCAGGCUGCUGUAUACUACCCUGCUGGUCCUCUCGCCUCGAUUGACAUGGACGGUCCGACGGCUCUGCCUCGCGCUUGUCGGGCAGUGGCGUUGCUACGGGUCGUGGGGGCGUUGUCCCUGGAGCCGCGGUUCUGGGCGCUACUCACGCUGGCCGUGCUGCCGCUGUCCCACGUCGUGGUUUUCUCGAGGGCCAUCGCCGUGAAGUGCGCGACGGAGUCCGUGAUGUCUUUCCUCUUGGAGGCGCAGCUGGUGAUUCUCAGGCCGUUCAUCGAUGCGACGAAGUGUGCCCACAAUAUGGUCGUGGUGCUCGUGUCGACGCCGUUCAUGGACCCCCUGAUGGCGCUCCUCCUCGCCCAGUUCCUGAGCCGCGUGGGCGAGUUUUUGGCCCGCGACCUUGGCAUGGCGUUCCUCGGCCACUCCCUGGACCUCCUGGGCGCGUCUUCAAGGUUGGGCCUCAAUACAUUGUUCGAGAUGCCGUCCCUCGUCGAGUCCCUGGGCCUCGCGGGCGUCUCUUUCGCGCUCGGCCGUGGAAUG